AUGGAUAGGGGCCUCUUUACUGGAGUCCUAUUCUUGGAUCUUAAAAAGGCAUUUGAUACUGUUGAUCAUUCAAUUCUAUUAGCUAAAUUAGAAAAAUAUGGCAUCCAAGGGAAAAGCCUUGAAUGGUUUAAAUCGUACCUCAAAGACAGAAAGCAGGUUUGUUCAAUUAAUGGUAAGAAAUCGUCUGCAAAUGAUAUUAACUGUGGGGUUCCACAGGGAUCGAAUGUUGGUCCCAUCCUUUUUCUUCUUUAUAUUAAUGAUCUCCCAAAUAGUUUGAAAAUGUCAAAACCUUCAAUGUUUGCUGACGAUACAAAUCUAACCUGUGUUGGACAAAGCUCGAGUGAAAUUGAAACCAAACUUAAUGAAGAGCUUGAGAAUGUCCACCGAUGGCUAACAGCAAAUAAACUUACUUUAAACGAUGAGAAAACCGAGUUCAUGCUCAUCGGCUCAAGAUCACGUAUUGCCUGUGUCCAUAAUAGCCCAGUAUUGAAACUAGGACACAGACAUAUAAAACGUGUAUACUAUAAAAAGUCUCUAGGUAUGGUCUUCAAUGAGCAGUUGAAGUGGGACAAACACAAUGAAGUUCAAAAUUCAAAUAGUAUAGCUCUGCUAAAAAGAGCUAGACCUUUCGUUCCUAGACACACAUUAAUUAAAAUGUAUAAUGUAUUUGUUUUGCCUCACUUUAAUUACUGCUCUACAAUAUGGAACGAUGGAUCUUGUACUAUAAUUAAUAAACUUUCAAAAUUAGGCUACAAAGGAGAGCUGCGCGUGUAAUUACUUCAAGUACAUGCGAUAUUCGUUCCUCCCAAAUUUUGAAAGACCUUAAUUGGAAACCAAUUGAAGAUGACUUAAAAAAUAGGGAAACUGUUAUGACAUUCAAAGUUUUAACCGGGCAAGGACCGGAUUAUUUACAGCAAUUAUUUACUGAGUGCAAUAACGAUAAUUACAGUCUAAGAAGUAAUAACACCAAAUUGACACUCCCAAAACCAAGGACUAAUUCUUUAAAAAGAAGCUUCUCAUAUAGAGCGGCAAAGUCCUGGAACGAAUUAUCUAAUGAUAUAACUGAAGAUUUCUGUGAUCUAUCAGUUAACGCUUUCAAACGGCGACUUGAUAAAACCGCUUAA